GGACCGUGGCUACGCUCCUCGCUGUGCGCGUCAACAAGCGGUCUCCUUCAGCACGGGACGAAGCCCCACGCAGCUGCUGUGGUUCCUCAGUGCUGGAGACUGCACAGACAGGAGUGGAGCGCCUCUCUCUCCUUAUCUCUCUCUCUCUCUCUCUCUCUCUCUCUCUCUCUCUCUUCCUGCUGGGAUAUUCGCCUCCAAUGGACUAAUCUAAGGAAAAUCGACCGCUUUCCCCUGCGAUCAUGAAACAUUAGUUUUAUAACUACAAGUGUCGUUUUGAGGGAGGGGAAAACCCCAAACUUGUGCAAAUCCAGAAGGCACCCACCGCCGCCGGUUUUAAUGUGUUUUAUGUGUUUGCGCUCCACAGUAAGGUAAAACUGGCCCGUUUUAGAGCGUCUCGGCGUGUGGUUUCAUCCCGUGGAUGCGGCCGUCGGGGUCGUUGUGUGAGCCCAGCAGGACCAACCUGUCAUAGGGCAUCAUGAUUGCUCUGCUUCUUCGCAUGCAGACGAGGAACAUCUCGCCGGAGAUGCUGAUUUUUCUGCCAAUUUUGUGCGCGCUGCCUCUGACCGGAGCGGCUCCUUCCCUGACCACCGAGCAGCUGGACACGGGGGUGGGCUGGCUGAGUAAGUUUGGCUACCUCCCGCCCCCUGACCCAGUGACAGGACAGCUUCAGACAAAGGAGGCCUUGACCAAGGCCAUAAAAGCCAUGCAGAAGUUUGGAGGGCUGAAAGAGACCGGGGUUUUAGACCAAGCCACAUUAGGGUUGAUGAAAACACCGAGAUGCUCACUGCCAGAUGUGUCUCAGGCCGAGGUGUCGACAAUGCGCCGGAAACGUAGUCUUACGCCUCAGAACAAAUGGAAUAAGCGGCAUCUCUCCUGGAGAGUGAGAACCUACCCGAAGGAUUCAGCCCUACUUGGCAGGGACACUGUUCGGGCCCUUAUGUACUACGCUUUGAAGGUCUGGAGCGAUAUUGCGCCUCUCAAUUUCCACGAGGUGGCCGGCAGCAACGCAGACAUUCAGAUCGACUUCACCAAAGCCGACCACAAUGACGGAUACCCCUUCGACGGGCCCGGCGGAACGGUGGCACAUGCCUUUUUCCCUGGAGAGAGGUUCACCGCCGGGGAUACGCACUUUGAUGACGACGAGCCGUGGACCUUCAGAUCGCCAGACUCUCACGGGAUGGACCUGUUUGCUGUUGCCGUCCACGAAUUUGGUCACGCCAUCGGCCUCGUCCACACCUCGGCCAUGGAGUCCAUCAUGAGGCCGUACUACCAGGGUCCUGUAGGGGACCCCCUGAAGUACGAUCUACCCUACGAAGACAAAGUCCGCGUCUGGCAGCUCUACGGUGUCAGAGACUCCGUUUCCCACACAAAUCAGCCAGGCAACCCGUCUCUCACACCCGAGCCUCCUGUCCUGCUUGAUCUUCCUGAAAACAGAUCCACUGUCCUGCUUGCACGAGACACCCCCGACAGAUGCACCACUCACUUUGAUGCGGUGGCCCAGAUACGGGGGGAGGCCUUCUUUUUCAAAGGGAAGUACUUCUGGCGACUUACUAGGGAAAAGCACCUGGUGUCUCUGCGUCCUGCACAGAUCCAUCGCUUCUGGAGGGGCCUCCCGACCAACCUGGACAGCGUGGAUGCUGUGUAUGAGAGGCCUGGGGACCACAAAAUAGUCUUCUUUAAAGGGCUGAAAUACUGGGUGUUUAAAGACAAUAUCGUAGAGGAGGGUUACCCACGUCCGAUCAGUGACUUUGGCCUGCCUAUGGAGGGCGUGGACGCAGCUUUUGUUUGGCUUCACAAUGACAAAACCUACUUCUUUAAGGACAAACAGUAUUGGCGCUAUGAUGACCACCUAAGACGCAUGGACCUGGGCUACCCCAAAGAGAGCACCCUCUGGAAAGGGUUACCAUCACAACUCGAUGAUGUCAUGAGGUGGUCUGAUGGCUCAACAUACUUCUUCAAGGGAAAGGAGUACUGGCGGGUCCCGGACAGCGACAUGGAGGCGGAGACAGGAUACCCCCGCCUCAUUGCGAAGGACUGGCUGGUCUGCACUGAGAUGCAGUCGGACUCUCCGGAUACAGACGGCAAAAGCACAGAGACGAGAGUCAACGUGCACCGGCACCCGGACCAUGCAGAGAACGGAUACGAAGUGUGCUCCUGCACCUCAGACUCGGCUUCGCCUUUGGGCGUGCAGCCAAACCCGUCAUCGCUCUGGCUGCUGCCGCCUCUGUGGACGGUUUUACUGAGCUUCUGCUCUGAGAUGCUAUGAUGCUGAAGCACGGGACAAAGUUCUUUCAAGCAGACUGACCAAUAACGUUGGUAUGACAUUCUUUUGUAUCUUUUUGUUCGAUUUCGCGGUUAUUUAUUCUAUGGACCUUUUUUGUGGUAGUAGUGUGGGGGUGUGCGGGGGGGGGGCGGUGUUGUUGCUGUCAACACAGGCAUCAUCUGACUUUUAAUGGUUUUUAUUAUUUUUUUUAUAGAAUUAUGAAACCACAGCAUCCAAGCAAGAAAAGUUUUACGCAACAGAAGCAUUUUCUAAAAGCAGGAUGUUUUUGUGUCUCCAUGUGCAGCAGGUAUACCGCAGUGGACCCGCUACAUAAUCAAAGUUUUUUUUAAAUCUAAGCAUCAUACAGUGCCGUGAAAAAGUUCCUUACAGAAUUUUUUCACAUAAAUGUUUCAGGUUAUUAAACAAAUGUUAAUUUUAGACAUGGAUGGCCAAAAUGCAGAUUUUAAAUGAUCAAAUUCAUGGAGUAAUUCUGCUUGACCCACCACUCCAUGGGAAGGUUCACCAAUGCAUGUUGUCUUAGUUGGAUAAUAAUGGCUUGCACUGUGGUGUGCUUAAGUCCCAAAGCUUCAUAAAUUGAUUUGUAACUCGUUCCACACUAAUAGAUUUCAUUGAGUUAAUCAUCUGUCCUUGUUUUUCUUUAGAUAAGAGCUUAUUGUGUUUCUUUAUGAUAUCUUUCAGCCUACUUCAUGUUGUCAGACAGGGCCUUAUCAAACUUAAACUGACUAAUUACAGUAAAUCCAUAAUUAAAAAUCUGGCUAAUUAUAUUUCCACAUCAGGCCAGGUAUGUUUGCAUAGCUUUUUUCCUUUAAUAUAUAAAAUCAUAUUUUUCUUUCUCUAAUAUUAACAUUUGUUUUACCUGAAACUUUUAAGCGGGACAAAAAGGCAAGCAAAGAAGAAAUCUGUAAACGGGCCAAUACAUUUUUCCUACUCUGUGAAAUCAGACUCUUGCUAUGCAAAUAGUUUGAAAUGUCCAGUCCUAACACAAAAAAAUGUCAAAGUAGGCAUUCAUUUUAGAAGAAAGGGCACCACAUGUGAAAUUUUAAAGGAAAUUAAAAUCCUUAAUUCUAAAACACUUAACAAAACACAAAAACAAUGCCCAUCGCUGAGGUUCUAACCGCUUAUAAUGAGUGUGAAUGCUGAAACGCUCCUCGUCCUGAGUAGGUGGAUGGACCAGUUUCCUCACCAUAAUCUGUUGACUCCACUCCAAAAUGAGGACCUCCUGUUCAUCUGUGGGCUGUGAGCAUUUCUCACAACUUCCCUGCUGUCAACUGAAGGCUCCAUAUCCCUCUUUAUUUUAUUGCCUGCAGCUGCAUCAUUGUGGGCGCUGGAUUUAUCCUUGCUGUAAAGAUAUAUUUACCUAUAAACUGAUAUAUUUGACUGGAGAUGUUUUUUGCAGCUAUUGCAUCACCAAGUGGACUGUGUAUAUUUUAAGCUGUGUUUUUAAUGUAUAAUAUUUUUGUAGAAAAAUAAUAAAAUAAUAUAAAUGAC